AUGGCCGUCGCUCAGAGAGCUCUGCAUUUGAUCUGCAUGUUGCUGUAUUUAUAUCUUUGUUUUAAAAACCUUACACGAUGUAAAAAAUGCAAUUCACUCGAUGUGUAUAAUGGAAACGUAUUCUACUCCUCAAAUAUAGCCGCUAAACCAAAUAUUGCAAGUUUUGUUCGUUUACCACGGCAACCUAGAUCUUGUUCUGGCUCGGCAAGUUUAACGCCAAACUCAACUCGUGUGAUUGUUGCCUGUCGUCUACUAACUAAAGCCUCAAUCUCGUUGCUUCUUAUUCAAAUGUCAAACGAUGUUGAAUCCCAGCCUGGUCCUGUAGUCGAUCGAAAAGGAAUCAAAUUAUGUCAUUGGAAUAUACAACAUCUCACGGACAGUAAAUUUGAAGAGAUUCGCAACUUAUUGACAUGCCCCAGCAAGGAGCUUUUUGGUCUGGACAUUCUCAUUUUAUCGGAGACCUUCUGUACCGAAAAAAUACCAGAAACAUUUUACAGCAUUCCCGGCUACAAAGUCUAUCGAAAGGACAGAACUGGAAAGUCAGGCGGUGGAUUAUGUGUAUAUGUUAAAAACUCAGUUCAAGCUGAGCGACGAAUUGAUCUCGAAACAAAAGAUGUGGAAAUAAUAUGGCUCGAAACCUGUCCCUACAAAUCGAAACGGCCUCUAUUCAUCGGGGGAAUCUACAGACCACCCUCAUCAAACGCUGCUAGUGAUAAGAGUAUCGGGAAAAACAUCGAAAAUGUCUCUCUUUUAGGUCGCGAGGUGGUACUUUUGGGUGACAUAAACAUUGAUUAUUUAUGCACAACGAAAUUUGCAAAUCAUACAUUCACGAAAGUAUUAAAGUCAUUCAACCUUUCGCAGCUUAUGAAUGUGAUUACACGCCCCAUAUCACGCACCUGUCUCGAUCACAUCUGGUGCACCCAUGCUGAACGGCUAAACAAUGUCAAAGUUUUAAAUAUUGGAAUAUCAGAUCAUUUGCCUAUUAUGACAACCAGGAUAUACAAACGUGCGUGUCACAACAAGGGUAAGCAUUCCACAAUAAACUAUCGCGACGUAAAGCAUUUAAACAAGGACAAAUUCAUUACCGCCCUUAAAAAUGCACCGUGGGAUAGUGCUUUUGUAUUUGAUGACGCAAAUGACACUGUCUAUGCAUGGUAUGAAAUAUUUAAUGAUGUCGUAAAUGAAUAUCUUCCCUUAAAACAAAAGCGGGUAAAGCGAAAUACACAGCCUAAAUGGUUCAAUAAUAUAAUUGGGGAGGACAUAAAGGCACGCGAUAAACUGUAUUACAAAGCAAGGAAAUAUCAAACUGACGAAGAUUGGGCAAACUACCGCAUUGCAAAGAACAAAGUGACAAAAACAAUAAGAAAUGCGAAGAAAAAUUACUUUAGUGAUAAAUUUCAAGAAAAUAAACAAAACCCCAGUAAACUUUGGAACUUGAUUAAAAAUCUAACAAAUGAUGAUGCUGGAAAAAAUGAAAGUGUCAAAUUUUUGACCGAAAAUAGUACGACUUUAAAAGAUAAAGUGACCAUUGCUGAAACAUUUAAUCGCUUCUUUGUCGACCCGCAAAACAACCUCGCGUCCACCUCAGCGCCCGUAGAAAUAGAACAAACACCAAAUCUAGAUCCUAUUCCCCAUGUCGAUACUACAUUCAGCAUUCCCCCCAUGUCAAAAUUAAGAGUGAUUGAGUUACUUCUAUCCAUCCCCGUUCAUAAAUCCACAGGAGACGAUGGCAUUAGCGCCAAAAUAAUGAGAAUAGCAGCACCAGCUAUAGCCGAACCAUUAAGCCAGCUGAUGAAUCGUUGCAUAAACACUCAAACGUUCCCCUCAAAAUGGAAGGUUGCUAAGGUCACCCCAAUAUAUAAAGGGAAGGGAAACCGAGAUGAAAAGUCUAACUACAGGCCUAUAUCAGUGCUUCCCAUUUUAUCUAAGCUACUGGAAAGGCACAUAUGUGAACAUAUGUAUGGGUUUCUGCAACAACGAAACUUAUUUUAUCGACUUCAAUCCGGGUUUCGUAAACACCAUUCGACUGAAACUGCACUCAUCAGACUCAUUGACCAAUUGCUACUUGAUCUGGAUAAAAACAAGGUAACUGGACUAAUUUUUGUAGACUAUAAGAAAGCCUUCGAUCUGAUAGACCAUCAACUGCUCCUUAACAAGUUACAUAAUUAUGGCAUUCAGGGGGAUGAGCUAAACCUCUUAAAAGACUAUCUUAGAAACCGUUGGCAGUAUGUAAAUAUUGAUGGUUCCCGUUCUCCGAAAAUAGAGGUGAAAUGCGGUGUGCCACAAGGAAGUAUUUUGGGUCCAAUCUUCUUCCUUUUGUUUAUCAACGAUCUUCCGUCAGAGGUAUUCCACUCCGAGGUCGACAUAUAUGCGGAUGAUACUACCCUUAGUCACUCCGCAGAAGUGGAUUUGGCACCUACAGCCAUAGAAACAGCACUACAGCUUGAUUUGGACGGCAUUGUAAGGUGGUCAAAAACAAACAAAAUGAUCAUAAAUGCCAAAAAGACAAAAUCUAUGCUUGUUACCGGGAAGAGAUUGGCCAAAAAGUUGCCGACAAAGAUAUUGUCGUUACAGUCUGAAAACGAGGAUAUUGAACAAGUUCAUUUCCAGAAACUUUUAGGAGUCACUAUCGAUCAAGAACUGACUUUUGAUAAACACGUGGAAGAACUUUCUAAGAAAUUGGGACAACGACUGGGCGUUCUUCGGAAAAUUAAACGGUUUCUUCCUUUAGACCAACGUAAACUGUACUACAACACCAUGUUUAAGCAAGUCAUGAUGUAUGGUGCUACAGUUUGGGCUAACUGCUCCGUGGAAAACUUGAAAACAAUUCUUCGACUGCAAAAACGUGCUGCCCGCAUCAUUUUGGAUGUCGGUACAAGAACAAACAGCGUAUCAUUGUUUAAGCAGCUAAAUUGGCUUGCUUUUCACGACGAAGUGAGGUUGAACAAAUGUGUCUUAGCUUACAAACGGUUUCAAGGAAAUUGCCCAUCAUAUAUUAAUGAUAUUCUAACCUCAAAUGCAGACAUACAAACCCGUUCGUCAGGCCGUUACAGUCAAAGAAACUUGGUAUGCCCACGCUAUAGCCGAGUCAUGGAAGGGGGAAAGUCUUUCCAGGUCUCCACGUGUAAACUUUGGAACUCUAUACCUCCUCAUAUAAAAACUUCCGAAAAAUCUGUAGAAACUUUUAAGAAUGAACUUUUUAACUAUUUUUUUCAUAGGUAUAAUGAUAUUGAUUCUUUCACAAUAUCUUGA